CGUUGACGCACUGUACGGUUUACGAUUCUAAAUCUCCGAGCAGAUUUGUCUCUCACGCAGUAUGGUGAGGUGAGUGGAUACCUUGUUUUGACAACUUCCAGCCAAAGGUUUAGGAAAUAAGAAAAAACAACCUUUGAUAGGGUGAUGGGGAGACUAACACGCAUUUAUGCAUUCAUUUAGACAUUGUAUUGCUUUCUUGUUUAUUGUUUUACGCACAUAGAACAUUCGGAGUUUUGCAACGGACAUACUUUCAGUAGCACAGCCAGCUACUGGGGUGCUCGUACUGAUUUUUAUUGACAGUGGUGCUACUCCAGGAUUACUGUGGUUAUUCCUGGACAAUAUUACAUUUAUUUACACAUUACCGGGAAUACCUCAUCCAUGACGCAGGCUGGCUCCCAAAAGUGAAUGAUCAAUUAUAACAGAGAAAUGAAACUCCGACCAGAGCCAGGGAAUAACUCCAGAUUAGAAAUCUUUGUUCGACCAUAUUUGCUCCUGCUUUAGUGCUUGUGAAACAAAGCAAAACCAAACAGACAAUUUCAGAUCAGUGACAGACAACAUCAAAAGGAUACAGUAUGUCCAGAACGCUGAAAAAGAAGAAACAUUGGUCCAGCAAGGUGCAGGAGUGUGCCGUGUCAUGGGGAAGCCUCGGAGAAUUCGGCAAUGUGGUGGAGGUGCUGGGGGGUGCCGAACACGGAGAGUUCCCUUACUUGGGCCAGAUGAAGUUGGAUGUGAUGGUGUGCCACGUCGGGAGAAUGCCCUAUUUUGGGGAUGUUUUGUUGGAGAUCAACGGAACCCCCAUCAGUGGACUUACAAACCGCGACACGCAUGCAGUCAUUCGCCACUUUCGGGAGCCCAUUCGUUUGAAGACUGUCAAACCAGGGAAGGUUCUGAACACGGACCUGCGCCACUACCUCAGCCUGCAGUUCCAGAAGGGCUCGUUGGACCACAAGCUGCAGCAGGUCAUCCGGGACAACCUCUACCUGCGCACCAUCCCCUGCACCACACGGCUGCCAAGAGAAGGGGAGGUGCCGGGGGUGGACUACAACUUCAUCAGCGUGGGAGACUUCCGUAUCCUGGAGGAGAGUGGCCUUCUGCUGGAGAGUGGAACCUAUGAUGGUAACUACUAUGGGACCCCCAAGCCCCCAGCAGAGCCCACCCUGGUGCAGCCUGACCUGGUGGAUCAGGUGCUGUUUGAUGAGGACUAUGACAACGAGGUCCAGCGUAAACGCACCACCUCCGUCAGCAAAAUGGACAGGAAGGACAGUGUGGUCCCUGAGGAGGAGGACGAUGAUGAGAGGCCACCUCUGGCCAAUGGCCUCCCAGAGCAUAAAGAGGGGGCAUCAUGGAGGAAGGCGGUGCCCAGCUACACCCAGUCCAGCAGUGCAAUGGACUUCCGUACGUGGAGCUCUCUGCCCCGCGACGACAGCCUGGAACCACUGCCUCUCAACUGGGAGAUGGCCUACACUGAGACGGGCAUGGUCUACUUCAUAGAUCACAACAGCAAGACCACCACCUGGCUGGACCCCCGCCUGGCCAAGAAAGCCAAGCCCCCGGAGAAGUGUGAGGAUGGAGAGCUUCCGUAUGGCUGGGAGGAAAUAGAGGACCCACAGUAUGGAACAUAUUAUGUAGAUCACAUCAACCAGAGAACCCAGUUUGAGAACCCAGUCCUUGAGGCUAAGAGGAAGCUGAGCCAGGAGACUACUGCCUCUAUCCAGCAGGGGGCACCACCUCCCCCAGGUGAGCAGGUUGCAUCAGGCUUCACCCCGGACCCAUCCCAGCUGCAGGGAGAGAUGUUCCACACUGCUCUGAGGAAGAGCUCCCAGGGCUUUGGCUUCACCAUCAUCGGGGGCGACCGCCAUGAUGAGUUCCUGCAGGUGAAGAAUGUCCUCAACGACGGCCCUGCCGCCAUCGAUAAAAAGAUUGCCUCCGGCGAUGUGAUCGUGGAGAUCAACGGGACAUGUGUGCUGGGGAAGACCCACCCUGAAGUGGUGCAGAUGUUCCAGUCCAUCCCAGUGAGUCAGUACGUUGACAUGGUGUUGUGCCGCGGCUACCCGCUGCCCCCAGACGUGGAGCCAGACAGUGAGGACACACCUCCCCUACCUUCUCAGCCCCUGCAAGGGGGCGAGGUGGUGACGGCCGUGCCCCUCAUCAAUGGCCAGCCCCUGCUGGUGAAGGAUGACGUGCUGCACGGCUCCUCCCAGGAGCUUCACUACGUCACCACCGACGCCAGCGGACGGCCCGUGGUGGCUGCCCUGCCCAACGGGAGGCGUUCUGAGCAGGGGGGAACAGGCCUGUUGCAGCCCGAACUUGUGAGUGUGCACCUGGUGAAGGGCCCAGGCGGGUUUGGGUUUGCCAUCGCAGACUGCCCCCUGGGCCAGAAGGUGAAGAUGAUCCUGGACGCCCAGUGGUGCCGCGGCCUGCUGAAGGGAGACGUGAUCAAGGAGAUCAACCGUCAGAACGUCCAGACACUAAGCCACGCCCAGGUGGUGGACAUCCUCAAAGACCUGCAGGUGGGGAGUGAGGUCAACGUGCUGGUGCUCAGAGGAGGUCAGACAUCUCCUGUGAAGAGCCUGAAACCUAGGCAGGAGAUGACAGCUAGCACAGAGACUCUGGACUGUGUCACAGACUCUGUCUCCCAGGCCCUCCCAUACCAUUCCAGCACCUCAACCCUGCGCAACGACUCACCCAAACGGGACGCCACAGAGAUGUACCUCAAGUCCAAGGCCCUGCUGGAGAGCAAGCAGCCUCACACCAAGGACUUGGAUGUGUUCAUCAAGAGGGACCAGGAGACUGGCUUUGGCUUCCGUGUUCUGGGAGGAGAAGGUCCAGAGCAGCCAGUGUAUAUUGGUGCCAUCGUGCCCCUUGGUGCAGCUGAGAAGGAUGGGCGUCUGAGGGCUGGUGAUGAGCUCAUAGGCAUUGAUGGAAUCAUGGUCAAGGGCCGUUCCCACAAGCAGGUUCUGGACCUGAUGACCAACGCUGCCCGCAACGGUCAGGUCAUGUUGACUGUGCGUAGGAAAGUCAUCUACAGAGAUAUGACUGAGGAGGAGGCAGGGCUCCACAUGGCUCCAGUGUUGGUGAACGGCUCCCCCAGACUCCCUCGUAUCCAGAUGCCCAGCGUGCUGGACCACGAGUCCUUCGACAUCACCCUCCACCGCAAGGACAGUGAGGGCUUCGGCUUCGUCAUCCUCACCUCUAAGAGCAAGCCCCCACUAGGAGUGAUUCCUCAUAAGAUCGGACGCAUCAUCGAAGGCAGCCCUACUGACCGCUGUGGCCUGCUGAACGUGGGCGACCGCAUCUCAGCGGUCAACGGGCGGUCCAUCGUGGGGCUGUCUCACAAUGAUAUUGUUCAGCUAAUCAAGGAUGCUGGCAAUGCUGUCACCCUCACCGUGGUCCCUGAGGAUGAAUACAAGGGUCCUCCCUCUGGAGCCAGCUCAGCCAAGCAGAGCCCUGCUCUUCAGCACAGAGCUAUGGGUCAGAGGUCAGCCAUGCAGGAAGAGCGUUAUAACCUAGAUCUGGAGGAGAAAAGGGAGGGAGUCACCUGGGCCGACUACAAAACUCUGCCUCUGAGCGAACAGGGAACAAUGUGUGUUACAGGCCCCAAACAGGGCUGCAUCACAGUGGAGCUGGACCGGGGGUCCCGGGGUUUUGGCUUCAGUCUGAGGGGAGGGACUGAGUACAACAUGGGCCUGUACAUCCUGAGACUGGCUGAGGAGGGGCCUGCUUUGCUGGACAGGAGAAUCCACGUGGGAGAUCAGAUAGUGGAGAUCAAUGGAGAGCCGACCCAGGGCAUCACCCAUACCCGCGCCAUCGAGCUGAUCCAGGCUGGGGGCAGCAAAGUGCAGCUCCUGUUAAGGCCAGGGCAGGGUCUGGUACAAGACAACAGUAACUCCGUCUCAGGUUCCUACCCUUUCAUCAGUGAGACCCCCGACUGGAACUUCCUGUCUCCCCUAACACCCCACCCCCAGACCAGCAGGGGCACUGGCUCAGUGAAGUGGAAUGGGGAGCGGGCAGACAGGCAGGCAGACAGGCUCUCUCCCAUCACGCCUGAGCAGAUCAACCUCUAUAAGGUCAAACCAGGUCAUACCAGGUCUAAAGGCUCCAAGGAGUCCAGCAGCCCAAAAAAAACAGGUGAAACAUUCAAAGAGCGCUCACACAGCCCCAAAAAGGCUGAGAGGAAGACCCGGGAAGCAGUGACAAGCAAGGACAGGAAGGCUUACCCUCAGAAAGGAAGUCGGUCACCCAGCCCCAGAAAGUUCCCUCGAGAAGGACACGAAGUCUUGAGCCAGCCACACAUAAAGAAACAGCAGGUACAGCAGAGCACAUCAAAGGACCUUUCCAGCAAGGAGUCCUUUGAGAAAAACAAAAACUGCAAAAGGGGGGAUUCAAAGAGCAGGAAAAGCAUACAGGAGAGAGAGGGGGGAGGGGGAACUACCAAGGCUGCCCAUGAGCAGGCCAGUAUUCCAAAGAGGGUUGGGACAGAGUCAGGACAUCACAGGCCAACUCCUCUAGAGACAGGGGCAAGGAGAGAUAUUCUGAGAGACGGGGAAAAGGAAAAACGCAAAGAGGAGAAAAGGAAAAAAGACACAGGGGCUUCCUCAAAAGAGGAAAAGACUAUAACAGAUUCUGGAGCCUAUACAACAGAGGAAAGCAGUAGAAAAUACUCUGUGUUAUCCCCAACAGAGGAGAGGAUCAGAAAAGACACAGGGUCCUCCUCAAAUGACUUUAAGGAGGAUGCUCAGAGCCAAAAGGGUCAUAUUAGCCCUGGACCCUGGAAAGUGCCCAGCUCAGCCAGAAUCCUCUCCCAGGCUGAGGUGCUGCGUGACCUCACUUGCUGA